AUGACAGAAUUGAGAGAGGGCAUGAAAAUGUUUGCACAAGAGCUGUCUGUUCGGUGCUUAUACGAUCCGCUAGAGUUUCUGUUCAAGAUAGAUAUAGCAGAAGAGUUCAACUACUCCACGAGCUCCUCCAAGCUGAGCAGAGCAAUGAACCUGUUCUCGAUGCGUGAGUACUACCAGGCAUACUCUGUGCUGCUUUGUCCAGACGAAGACCCUGCAAUCGCGUAUAACUACUGCGGAUGCUGCAGCAGUUCUGCGGUCUUUCUGCGAAACUAUUCGGUUUGUAUUCUUUCAUCGAUAAAGAAUGUAAAAGAAGCAGGAUUUACCGUGAAUGGAGUAAAGUACAAAGACGAAAGUGUAAAUAAGAUACUCCAGAAAGUAGUAGCAUCCUCUGGCACAUCUCACACAGAAGGAUCUAUAAGUCUUUCAGAUCCGUUUCUGCUCUAUCUUCUGAUUAUCUCUAAAAAAGAGCACAUCUCCCCAGAGAACUUCAAAAAAAUGCUCUUCCUGCUCAUAGAGACUCUUCCAUACUUCUGGGACGUGUACAAGCUCCUGGCUGACAUAAUUACCAUAUCAGAAUGUAACGAGGUGUUUGAAGCAAUAAAGGACGAAAAGAUGCGGCGGGUCUUUACUUUGUACAUUGGAUGCAAGAAGUCUAUACUGCACCCGUCCCUGAAGAAGAUCAUAGAAGAGUACGAACAGCGCCCAGAUGACAUAUCUGUGUAUGAAGAGUCGCUGAUUGUACUUGUCCUUGGGCACUACAAGAAGAACACAAAAGCACUGGAAAUAAUGGAAAGAGUGAUGGAAAAAACACACGACUGGAACAACUUUGACCAGUUCUCAAACAUUUUGUACUCCCUGAAAGACACAGAAAGACUCUCGAGCUUGCUUUUCAAAGUGUUUGAUCACUUUGGAAAUCUUCCCAUCUACAACUACGUAUCAGGCAAUCUGCUGGCGCUAAAAUCAGACCACAUCAGCAGCAUAGAAGAGUUUCAGAAGAUACUGCACGAUGACUUUACCGGAGAGUUCGAUAUUGCAUAUAUAUUUGUAGCACAGGAGUACUUCCAUCUGAAGGACACGUGUUCUGCGAUCAAAGCGUGCAACUUGGCCAUAAAAAAGAAUUACAAUGACUAUAGAGUGUGGCUCAGCAUGGCACAGAUAUAUUUCGCGAUUGAAAUGCACGAAUAUGCCCUGCACUUCUACAGAAAGUGUGCUGAGCUGUCGCCAAGCACUCCCUCGAUAUACGAAGGGCUUGGGCAGUGCUUCGAAAAGCUGAACAGAGAGGAUGAGGCUAUCAGAUGCUACAAAAAGUGUGUAGAGCAGGGGAGCAUGAAAGCGCUGUGCCUCCUUGGAGAUUUGUUUUUCAGACAGAAUAAUCAAGAGUUUAAGAAACAAUACAUGGAGUACAUACGAAUAUCCUUUUCAAACUCAGAGGAUGCUGAAAGCCCCGACAUAAACAUGAAAACAUUGGAGCGACUAAUUGAGUCGCUAGAGCCCUCUGUGGACUCCAGCACUAUUCUAGAAUGGCGCAGAUCCCUGACUAUUCUUAAAAGUAAAAUAGGCAACUAG